CCUUCUGUCUCAAACUUUCUUCUCUCCCUCUCUCUAUCAACAGUCUCCUUUCAGAUUACAAAGUUGGUCCCCCUCCUUUUUCCACCUCUCUCUCUCUCUCUCUCUCUCUGCCAUUAAAGGCUCCUCUCAUCUUAUUUCCCCUGCUCCCUCUCACGUUUUCCUUCGCGUCCUUCGCUCAUCACCUCUUUGUUCGAAAAAACAAAAGGAAGAAAUUAUUGCCCAAGCAUACAGUCAUUUGCAUUCUCAUUUCACUGCUACCACUACCAGAAUCUGAACCAAAAUCAGAAGCCAUACACGUUUUCUCUGUGAGCCGCAAAUGGGCAAGUACAUGAAGAAAUCUAAAAUCACUGGUGACGUGGCUGUCAUGGAGGUUUCUCAACCCACUUCCUUAGGCCUUCGUACCAGGGCCGCCAAAACCCUAGCUCUUCAGAGGCUCCACUCUGCCUCUUCCUCUCCCCCACCCACAACCCCAGAUGGCUCCUCCUUUUCCUAUCUCCAGCUCAGGAGCCGCCGCCUUGAAAAGCCUCCAUUACUCGCUGAAACCAAGCAACACCACAAACACCAACAGAAGAAGCAGCAAAACCCGGAAGGGGAAGCGCUAGGUAAUUGUGGCGGAGAGGACACUCUAUCAAAACGGAGGACUAGGGCUGCCUCCAGGCUCAGUCUGGGUUCCGUGAAUAUGACGUCAGGCAUGUCGGCUUCGGUUUCGGUGAGUGAGGAGGGUAGGGGGUGUUCUGGUAAAAAAGAGAAAAUGGUGGGUGCUAAUGGUAAUAAUUGCAGUAGUGAGGGCUUUUAUGAGGUAGAAGACGGGGAGGAUACUGGCAUUGAGGCUUCUUUUGGAGAGAACAAUUUGGAUUCCGAAGCCAGAGACAGGAGCACUAGAGAAAGCACGCCAUGUAGCCUGAUAAGGGGUUCAGACACCAUGGUAGCCCCUGGUUCUAGCACUCGGCGGGUGAGUUCAGUUACAAUUUCUCAGAGAGGUUGGAUUGACAUGCAGGGAAUUAUCCCAACAGCGAACGAAAUGGAGGAAUUCUUUUCACAUGCAGAGCAGCAACAGCAGAGAUUGUUCAUGGAUAAGUACAACUAUGACAUUGUGAAUGAUAUGCCCCUUCCAGGACGUUAUGAAUGGGUGCAAGUGUCUCCAUGAAUGCAGAUUCUGCCCAUCUGAGUUUUAUUGCCCGAUGAUGACUUCUCCAUUAAUUUUAUGUCUGGGAUAGCAAAGGAAGCAUAAAGAAGUGGGGUAGGCACCCUUCAACUUCAUCGUAAAGAGAAAUGAAGCUCUCUCGAGGAUGUGUAAUUUAAAGAUCUGUAACAUACAACAGAGCCGAUGAAUUACACACUAACAAAUAUCAAACCCAAUAUCUGUUGCUGGAAUUGAAAAGAAGUGGAAAAUAAUUUGAGAUGAGAGGGAGAAGGAUAAUUGGGUGGUUUAGAUAAGUUAGCAUGGUUGUAAUCUCUUGUGGCCUGGAAUAUCUACUUGACCUUUGUUUUCCAUAGCUGUUGUCCAUAGUACUUCUUGUAGGGACGAGUAAGGAGAUGCUCUUUGGAAAUAAAUUCACUCAUUUAAUA